AUGGUCGCAGCACCAGCAACAGCGUCGACCUCACGUCUCACACGUCAACUUGGCGGCCUUCUCCUCUCCUCCUCAUCCUCCGCCUCGUCCUCCUCACGGAUCGCCCUGCCCGCCCUUGCCUCGGCCUCCCUCGGCAGCAUCCGUCACUCGCACGUCGGUUCCGCACCACUCGAUCUUCCUCCCUCAACAUCCAUCCAGAUCUUGCCCUAUCCACCGCACCCGAAUCCAUCGCGACCUUUGCUGCCCUCCCUUCGCCGCGCGCGCUCGGUCCUCGUCCAGGGUCCCAAGGGUGAAGUGCUCAUCCCUCUGCACGAGUGUAUCAACCUCUCUGACGCCGAAUCCCGAAUCUCACUCAGCAUCAAGGACGAUUCGAACAAGAAGCAGCGCGGAACAUGGGGUCUCACGCGGUCGUUGCUCAACAAUGCACUGCAGGGUGUGUCCGAGGGGCACACGGUGAGCCUCAAGCUGGUCGGUGUCGGAUACAGGGCAAGCGUCGAACCCGACCCGCUACCGAGGAGGAGCAAGUUGGAUAUCGCACUGAGCGGGGAAAAGUCGUUCUUCGUGUCCGAGGCUGCGAAGCAGGCAGAGAUCGAGAGGGAACAGAGGGCAAAAGACAGCGCGGAAAAACAGGGCGCGGUGAGGUUGCAUAUCCGACUCGGAUACUCUCAUCCAGUGCUGCUGCCGGUUCCGCAUGGCAUCAGCGUGCUCGUUCCACAGCCGAAUCGGAUCGUGCUCAAGGGUGCGGACAGGGAGCAACUGGGUCUGUUCGCAAGCCAGAUCAGGAGCUGGAGGAAGCCAGAGCCGUAUAAAGGCAAGGGCAUCUUUGUGGAUGGUGAGACGAUUCGUUUGAAGACGGCCAAGAAGAAGUAG